GAGUCCGCCCGGCCCCCGCCGCUUCCCGGUUCCGCCACCGCCCCCGCAGCGGUGUUUUGAGGACCUGGAACCAUGACGGACUCCAAAUACUUCACGACCAAUAAAAAAGGGGAGAUUUUUGAACUGAAGGCUGAACUCAAUAAUGAAAAGAAAGAGAAGAGGAAAGAAGCUGUAAAGAAGGUUAUUGCAGCCAUGACUGUGGGGAAGGAUGUCAGCUCACUCUUUCCUGAUGUUGUGAACUGCAUGCAGACUGACAACCUGGAGCUGAAGAAGCUGGUCUACCUGUACCUGAUGAACUAUGCCAAAAGUCAGCCAGACAUGGCCAUCAUGGCUGUCAACAGCUUUGUGAAGGACUGUGAGGACCCAAACCCUCUGAUCCGUGCCCUGGCCGUGCGCACCAUGGGGUGCAUCAGGGUGGAUAAAAUCACGGAGUACCUGUGCGAGCCCCUCCGCAAGUGUCUGAAGGAUGAGGACCCCUAUGUCAGGAAGACUGCAGCUGUCUGUGUGGCAAAGCUGCACGACAUCAAUGCCCAGAUGGUGGAGGACCAAGGAUUCCUGGAUUCUCUGCGUGACCUGAUUGCAGACUCCAAUCCCAUGGUGGUGGCAAACGCUGUGGCUGCCCUGUCAGAAAUCAGUGAAUCUCAUCCCAACAGCAACCUGCUGGAUUUGAACCCUCAGAACAUCAACAAGCUGCUGACAGCUUUAAAUGAGUGCACAGAGUGGGGGCAGAUCUUCAUCCUGGACUGUCUGUCCAACUACAACCCCAAGGAUGACCGGGAAGCUCAGAGUAUCUGUGAGCGGGUGACCCCCCGGCUGUCUCACGCCAACUCGGCCGUGGUGCUGUCAGCGGUGAAGGUCCUGAUGAAGUUCCUGGAGCUUCUUCCCAAGGACUCUGACUAUUACAACAUGCUGCUGAAGAAACUUGCCCCUCCACUGGUGACCCUGCUGUCUGGAGAGCCCGAAGUCCAGUAUGUUGCCCUGAGGAACAUCAACUUGAUUGUGCAGAAAAGGCCUGAAAUCCUGAAGCAGGAAAUCAAGGUGUUCUUUGUGAAGUACAACGACCCCAUCUAUGUCAAACUGGAGAAACUGGACAUCAUGAUCCGCCUGGCUUCUCAAGCAAACAUUGCCCAGGUCCUGGCAGAGCUCAAGGAAUACGCGACCGAGGUGGACGUUGACUUCGUGCGCAAGGCCGUGCGAGCCAUCGGGCGCUGUGCCAUCAAGGUCGAGCAAUCUGCAGAGCGCUGUGUGAGCACACUGCUGGACCUCAUCCAGACCAAGGUCAACUACGUGGUGCAGGAGGCCAUCGUUGUCAUCAGAGACAUCUUCCGCAAGUACCCCAACAAGUAUGAAAGCAUCAUUGCCACUCUGUGUGAGAACCUGGAUUCCCUGGAUGAGCCAGAUGCCAGAGCUGCCAUGAUCUGGAUAGUGGGUGAAUAUGCAGAGAGAAUUGACAAUGCUGAUGAACUGUUGGAGAGUUUUCUGGAGGGCUUCCACGAUGAAAGUACUCAGGUGCAGCUCACCCUCCUGACUGCUAUAGUGAAGCUGUUCUUAAAAAAGCCUUCUGAGACACAGGAGCUGGUUCAGCAGGUCCUCAGCCUGGCCACCCAGGAUUCUGACAACCCAGACCUGCGGGAUCGCGGCUACAUCUACUGGCGCCUUCUCUCCACGGACCCCGUGACCGCCAAGGAAGUGGUUCUCUCGGAAAAGCCGCUGAUUUCCGAGGAGACCGACCUGAUCGAGCCCACCCUGCUCGAUGAGCUCAUCUGCCACAUCGGGUCCCUGGCGUCCGUGUACCACAAACCCCCCAACGCCUUCGUGGAGGGGAGCCACGGCAUCCACCGCAAGCACCUGCCCAUUCACCAUGGCAGCACCGACGCUGGCGACAGCCCCGUGGGCACCACGGCCACCACGAACCUGGAGCAGCCACAGGUCAUUCCAUCCCAGGGAGACCUCCUGGGAGACCUCCUCAACCUGGACCUGGGGCCCCCUGUGAACGUUCCCCAAGUGUCCUCCAUGCAGAUGGGUGCCGUGGACCUCCUGGGAGGAGGGCUGGACAGCUUGCUUGGCAGUGACCUUGGCGGGGGCAUUGGAGGAAGCCCGGCAGUGGGACAGACCUACAUUCCCUCCUCCGUGCCAGCCACCUUUGCCCCUUCGCCCACCCCUGCAGUGGUCAGCAGUGGACUCAACGACCUCUUCGAGCUCUCCUCUGGCAUAGGCAUGGCUCCCGGAGGAUACGUGGCUCCAAAGUCUGUUUGGUUGCCUGCAGUGAAGGCUAAAGGACUGGAGAUCUCAGGCACAUUCAGCCACAGGCAGGGACACAUCUACAUGGAGAUGAACUUCACCAAUAAGGCUUUGCAGCACAUGACUGACUUUGCCAUUCAGUUCAAUAAGAACAGCUUUGGGGUCAUCCCAAGCACCCCACUGGCCAUUCACACACCUCUGAUGCCAAACCAAAGUAUUGAUGUCUCCCUGCCCCUCAACACUCUGGGACCAGUCAUGAAAAUGGAACCUCUGAACAACCUCCAGGUGGCUGUGAAAAACAACAUCGAUGUCUUUUACUUCAGCUGCCUAAUUCCUCUCAACGUGCUCUUUGUAGAGGAUGGCAAAAUGGAGCGCCAGGUCUUCCUUGCAACAUGGAAGGAUAUUCCAAACGAAAAUGAGCUUCAGUUCCAGAUUAAAGACUGUCACCUGAAUGCUGACACUGUCUCCAGCAAGCUGCAGAACAACAAUGUCUACACCAUUGCCAAGAGGAACGUGGAGGGCCAGGACAUGCUCUACCAGUCUCUGAAGCUCACCAAUGGCAUCUGGAUCUUGGCUGAGCUUCGCAUCCAGCCGGGGAACCCGAACUACACGCUCUCCCUGAAAUGCCGAGCUCCCGAAGUGUCCCAGUACAUCUACCAGGCCUACGAUGCCAUCUUGAAAAACUAACAGGAGAUCAGCCUGUGCCUCACCCUGCGGAAGGAGGGGGGGGAAAAAGGGGUCCCCAAAUCCUCCUUCACCGCUAGCGCGGGGGGAAAAGCACUCGUAACUGGAAGCAGCUGUAUUCAUGUGUAGGAUUUCAGUCAAAGGCACUGAUUAAACAAGGUAGCAAUUAGUAUCCACGUGCUAACGAUGAUAGGGAACAAACCCCUUUGGUAUUUUUAGCGUCCAUGGAGUUUGUAACCACUGCUUCGACUACUCCCAUGUCCCCCUCGCCCCCCACUCAUCCGUUCUCGUGGGCUUCUCCAUUUUGUGCCAAUGUUCAGUGUUUUCUAAAUGGCUUUAGGUGUAGUUUCGAUUUUGUAAAAUACCGCUCAUUGGGGAAAAAAAACACAAAACAAAACAAAAAAAAAACCAAGCAAAAACCACACGUCUGCUCAUUAAAACAAGGCAAAAGUGUCGAAAA